CCAGCGCCCGCCCAAAUUGCGGCGGCAGAAAUCGCGGAAUCCACCCUGCCCGGGCCUGGUGGGUGUCCACCAGCCGCUGCCUCUCUUUGCCUCCCAGACGGCUGGAGCCACUCCCGGGGGAAGCUGUUCCAGGCCUCCUGGCCGCCGCCCGGACAUCUCGGCUGCCAGCCUGGCUGGACACCGGGCAUCUUCGAAACGAACCCCAACUGGCACUGGGGAUCUCGGGCAACGACUGUCUGCGGCGCCGCCUGGAUUCUGGCGACCCCGGGGUGGUGGGCUUCUGCGCGCCUUCCCCUCCCCCGGCCGCCCGACUGGACGCCGGUGAGCUCCGGCGCCCCCGGACGCUUCGGCCACCACCGCCACCGCGAUGCUGCCUUGGAGACGUAACAAAUUCGUGCUGGUGGAGGACGAGGCCAAGUGCAAAGCGAAGAGCCUGAGUCCGGGGCUCGCCUACACGUCGCUGCUCUCCAGCUUCCUGCGCUCCUGCCCGGACCUGCUGCCCGACUGGCCGCUGGAGCGCCUGGGCCACAUGUUCCGCAGCCGGCGUCAGAAAGUGGAGCUCAACAAGGAGGACCCGACCUACACCGUGUGGUACCUGGGCAAUGCCGUCACCCUGCACGCCAAGGGCGACGGCUGCACCGACGACGCCGUGGGCAAGAUCUGGGCGCGCUGCGGACCGGGCGGGGGCACCAAGAUGAAGCUGACGCUGGGGCGGGGCGCCCCGCGCCUCAGCAGCAUCCAGGAGGAGGACGAGGAGGACGAGGAGGAGCACGAGGGAGGAGCCCCCCAGAGCGAGCGGCCCGAGGUGCUCAGCCUGACCCGGGAGCUGAGGACGUGCAGCCUGCGGGGCGCCCCGGCGCCUCCUCCGUCCGCGCAGCCCCGCCGCUGGAAGGCCGGCGCCAGGGAGCGGGCGGGCCAGGCGCGCUGAGAGCGGAGGGCCAGGACUCGCGGCCCCAGAUCCGGCGCGCCGCACUUACAGCCUCAACCCCGGCCCUGCCCGCUUCGUCUCCCUCUGGUCCCUGGCCCUUGCCUCCUUCGUGGUCUCCGUCGUCGGUGUCCGCCCCGCCGCCUCAUCCUGGGUUGGGGCGAUGUCUGAUUCGCCGUUGAUUAUUUUGGGCUGUUCACCUCUCCCUGCGCCCGAAGUUUCCCGGGCCUUUCACUGUGGAACUGCCCCUAAUCUUUACACCAAGUCUCUGCCCACUCUGGCCACCCACUUUCUCCCAGAACAUCCUCUCAAGAGAAGCGGGGAGAAGUUUCCUCGAAAUCCAGGGGGGUGGGUUUGGACCCUGACAGAGUGGAGACAGUGGCCCUGCCCUUGGACCCUCUGGCCUUCCUCCCAGUGCUAAGAAUUACCCUGGAGAGGCAUUCUUUUAGGGGAAAAAACUAAUGGUCCUGGGAGAUUGAGGCCAGGCCGACCAUGGGCCCUGUCUGCCACCAUGCACACAGGGGAGAACCCUCAGGCCUCAGCCGGGCCUCUCUAGCCUUGGAGGGUUCCUGAGACUUCACUACUCUGCCUCUGGAAAAGAGUGGGCUGGGCUUUCCAAGGUUCAAACAGCAGGCUAGGCCACAUACCACGCUGUACCAGGCGCUGCGGAGUCUCUGCCCUGGCAACGGUGCAGGACUCCUCCCCCAGCCCAUCUCCCCCCAGAUGGGAGUGUGUGGUCCCCUACUAGGUGCCCCACAACCUGGACCAAGACUGGAACUCCAAAGGAGGUAAGAGCCUAUGGCAGAUGCUUGGGGACACUGGCUACCCAGAGAGUGGCCACCGCAGAAAUACUCCGAGCUGAGGCUGGUCAGAGCAGGUGGGUCUCACUACAGGAUGGGGACAGGGUGUCUCUCGGAGGCCAUAGAAAACCCAAAGAUCUAUGUGUCACCAACUGAUCAAUGUAAAUAAAGUGGACCUGCUUUUUCAGCCCUGUCA